UUGUAACGUGUAGUAAGGUCACACAGAGGCGCUUUACAUCAGCUAACACAGCUAAUAAUGACCAGCAGCUUAUACUUUUAUAUUUCGGUUGAUAAACUAACUGGCGAUUUACUGAAGGAACAUGUUCCACCAGCGUAAACGGGUUGAAUCGCUAAACAUUUAACCGUUUCAAACAGUCAAACAUCAGAUCUCAGACGACUUCUCAGCACAUAGACACCUGUAGGGUCAGAGCAAGAAAACUGACCCGGAGACAAAGUAUCGGGUCAGAGUUUGAUCACAGCAGCAUCUCGUGGACGUUAGAGGAGCAGCAGCUGUUGACUUGAUUUGUGAUCUUUGGUCUGGUGAGUUUUUCCGAUGGCAAGGCACAGUAAGCUGCAGAAGCAGAUCCUGGCUCUGUACCGGCACUUCCUGCGUGCCGGCCAGGACAAACCAGGCUUCAUCCCCCGAAUCCGCGACGAAUUCAGAGAGAACGCUCGCAUUAAGAAGACGGACGUGAUGCACAUUGAGUAUCUGUACCGGCGAGGACAGCGGCAGUUGGAGCAGCUGAUGGACGUCAACACCAAACAGUUGGGCUCCUUCUCCAAACCUGCUGAGAAGAGCUGACCUCUGUCCUGUACGACCUCAUAUGACACCGACAAAUACCUCUCAAAGACUUGGUUACGAUCAAACUGUCAUGCUGAGAUGCUGCAUGUCCAGUGGGGAAACAAAUGCUCAGUAUGGAGAAAAACAUGUGAUGUGAUUAAACAUGAAAUAAUUUCUUUUGAAUGUUAAA